AUGCAGAGGGUCAACCUAUCAACAGUAUCAGACUUUGUUCUUGUAGGCCUUUCUGAUGCUCCCCAAGUCCGUUUUCUUCUCUUUGUGCUGUUUUUGAUUAUUUAUUUGGCCACCAUGGCAGGCAACAUCAUGUUCCUUACUGCCAUUAGCACAGACACCCAUUUGCACAACCCCAUGUACGUCUUUCUUGGCAACUUAUCCCUACUGGAUAUCUUAUGUCCCACUAUCACCGUGCCAAAGAUGCUGGAUGUCUUGUUGCUUGAGAACAAGAUGAUUUCCUUCACUGGCUGCAUGCUCCAGCUCUUCUUCCUCAUUGAUGUUGUAGGCACAGAGAUUUUCCUCCUGGCUGUGAUGGCCUACGACCGUUACGUUGCCAUAUGUCACCCACUGCGGUACAUGAACAUUGUGAGCAUGAAGCUGUGUGCUCACCUAGCCAUUGGCACCUGGCUAGUGGGGGUUGUUAAUUCCCUGUUGCACACCUCUUUGAUUUUUACACUCUCUUUCUGUGGUUUUAAUAAGGUUGAGCAGUAUUACUGUGACAUUCCCCCUGUGCUGGCCCUCUCCUGCUUGCCUACCUACAGCAGGGAGCUGGUCAUUCUCCUUGUGGCUGGGGUCCUUGGAGGCAGUGCCUUUGUGAUCACUCUGAUCUCUUAUAUCUGUAUCCUCAUGGCCAUCCUGAGCAUGAGGUCUUCUGAGAGCAGGCACAAAGCUUUCUCCACUUGUGGUUCUCACUUGACAGUUGUAUGCCUUUUCUAUGGGACCACCAUCUGCAUAUAUGCACGACCUUCCUCCACCUACUCACCUCAUCAGGACAGGAUAGUUUCCAUGCUCUAUGAAAUCCUCACCCCCCUGCUAAACCCCAUAAUCUACAGUCUGAGGAACAAAGAAGUCAAAUGUGCCCUAAGAAGAGUCGUCAGCCAGCUAAGAACUGCUUUAACAAGACAAGAACGUCUCUCUCAGUCUUUGGCAUCCUCUGGAGCCCCAGUAGCUGGAUUCCUAAAGCGCCACACAGCCCUCCCCGCAGCGCCUGAGGGAGCGGCGGCCCCGCUUCGGCCCGGGCGGGAACAGGGGCAGGGGCAGGCGCAGGCGCAGGCGCAGGGGCGAGGCAGCCGCUUGAAGCCUGCGGCCGCCGACAUAUUAGUGCUGGUGCUGAGGCGGCGGGGCAGGGGAGCCCGCCUAGAAAAGGUACCAGAGUCGCACUCUCGGGCGCUUUCGCUGUGCCUCAUGGCGCUGCCGCUGCCUCUGCCGGCUGUUCUGCACUUCACACAGCUGAGGUCCCGGCACAGCAGCCCCAGGCUGUGGGCAUCAGCGGCCUCAGUCCCCCAGCUCACACUUGAGAUUUCUUGCCUGCCACGGAACCAGGAGAUGAAGCCCUCUGAGCAACAGCCUCCUGCCUGA